AUGCGGAAAGGCCUGCUCACAAGGAUCAGCCCAAAAGGAGUGGAAAUGAGACAGUGCUUAAUGCAAAACUUUAGAUUUGUGAGGGAUGCUCCGGGGGUUAGUGCGGCACCCCGCUUUGCCUGCUCUUUGUUGCGGCAGAUUGAGUCGAGCAGCAAGGAAGGCCUGCAUGUGGCCGCAGAAACGGCCGCUGGAAGCACCCAUGUCCAGGCCCAAGCCAACACAAACCACACAACCUGGGUGCCCGCGUCUAUUGGACUCUUACCUGUAUCUUCCAACGAGCGUUAUUUUUCUGCUCAAGUUGUUAUUUGA